UAGUUAUAUUUCUGUGUUGUUUACAUCUCGGGCUCUCAGAGGUGUUCAUCCUGAUCUCAUUUAUUCUGUGAUAUCACUGUUACUGUUAUUUUAUCCGAACACUAUUUUAAAAUUCUUGAAAAAUGGCGACGGCGUCGGUCCCCGUAGAAUUUCAAAACCUAACAUUAUCCGAGUGUUUCGAUCAAGGCUUGUCGUCUUACGAGAGUAUUUGUGAGUCUACGGAGCCAGCUAAGGAAUCCGGAACACAGUACAAGAUAAUAAAAUGCAUGAAAAUGUUGGAGCACACUACACAACUCGUGUCGGCAGCCGGCAUGUUCAGCGACAAUGAGACCAUUGAAGAAAUACCGACGGCCGAUGUCAAAUACAUGUUACUACCAUUCAUGUUGGGAUCUCUGGCCCUGAAACUAACCAACAAUGGCAACAGAUUGGACGUUGUUAAGACAGCUGAGGUGUAUUUCAGAGAUUAUCUCCAGAGGUGUAAAGAUUAUGGACUGUCCGACCAUACAAUACCACCUGUGUACACAGAUUCUGAAGAAACAACUACCCAAGCCACAAUGGACUUUUCUCUUAUGGCUCGUAGGCGUGCCGAAAAAAUUAAAAAUUACAAGGAACAAAAAUUAAUGGAGUCUCAGUUACAGCUGUUGAAGGAACAGAAUGAAAGCGAGUCUGUUGAUGAUGAAAUGAGAAGAAAGUACAUAGUCUCUUUACUAAAAUACAAUAUUGGUAAGGCUCUAGAAGAAUUAGAUUCACUACAAGCUGAAAUGAGAAUUUUACACUAUAAAUUGAAACAUGAGGAUAAAGACAAUCCUGAACAUGCAAAAUCUCAAAAGAUCAAACCUAAACCAUUAAUGCCUAUUAUUAUCACUAAAAAUGAAUUACAAAAACAAGUAUUUGGUGCUGGCUAUCCAAGUUUGCCAACAAUGACAGUUGAAGAAUUUUGUCAAAAACGUAUUAAUGACGGAAUAUGGCAUUUACCUACAGCUGAUAAUACCAAGUGUUUACAACAAUUGUCUGAAGCCCCAGAACCUGAACAAGAAGAUAAAGAAGACAAAAUCAAUGAGGAAGAAGAAGAAAAUGAAAGACAGCGAUUAAAUGCUCGCGACGAAUACAAAGAUAAUCAUCGCCGAGGAUGGGGUAAUAGGCAUAAUAGAAGUUAAAUUGCCUGUUUUAGAGGGCCGUUGAUAUUAUAAGCGUAUUCUAUACACAAAAUGUGUUUAUUUUGUAUGAACAAUAUCACAAAACUGUGUUAAAUUAUUUACAAAUACUAUCAAUACAUUUUAUGUAAAUAGCUAUAUUAAAUUUAAAUAAAUUUUGGUUAUCUAAAAAUUCUA